CUUCUUCUUCUUCUUCUUCUUCUUUCUUCUUCUUCUUCUUCUUCUUCUAGUUCUGUAAACUGAGCUCCCACUCAGCUCCCAUAUUGAUUCACAAAAUGUCUCAUUUCUGAUUUGGAAGAAGGAGAAGAAGAAGAAGUUGGUUUCAGCCAUGGAAGAGAGGCAUGUUCUGUUUGACAAGUAUGAGAUGGGAAGGCUAUUGGGGAUGGGGACUUUUGCCAAGGUGUACUAUGGCAAAAACCUCGCAACUGGAGAAAGCAUAGCUAUCAAAGUUAUCAAUAAAAAUCAAGUGAAGAAGGAAGGGAUGAUGGAGCAGAUCAAAAGAGAAAUCUCUGUUCUGAGAUUAGUUCCACACCCAAAUAUUGUUGAGCUCAAAGAAGUGUUAGCUACAAAAUCCAAGAUCUUCUUCGUUAUGGAAUACGUCCGCGGCGGCGAGCUCUUCGCUAAGGUUGCUAAGGGGAAGCUCAAAGAGGAUGUUGCUCGUAAGUAUUUUCAACAGCUCACCAGCGCAUUCGAUUUUUGCCAUAGCAGAGGCGUUUGUCAUCGAGACUUGAAGCCGGAGAAUCUGUUAUUAGAUGAAAAUGGAGAUCUCAAAAUCUCUGAUUUUAGGCUAUCAGCCUUGCUGGAACACUUACGCAUCGACGGGCUUCUUCAUACGCCUGGAAUAGUGAAAAAUCAAUAUAAGCUCAGAGAGACAAAACUAAAGAGAGAUUCCUUAGCUGACAAAAUUUAG